AUGUCCUCUCUUCUGAUAUCGGAGGACAAUCCGUUUCAAGUGUUGAUUGAAGAGGCAAAAGAUGACCCGACUACGUUGCAGCUGCGCUAUCAAGGUCACCGAGUGGCCCGGAACGAACAACAACGCGCAAAGAUUCUAGCAGAAAAUUUUCCUGGGUGGUCUCUAGACGGGAUUCUUAAACGACUAGAUGGCCCCGAGAAAGAGGAUGGAUACGUUGAUCCUCGGAACUGCCUAGUCAUUUGGGCCAGACCACCCCCUCAGAUUCGGGACUUGAUUUGCUUCAUUCAAAGCGAAUUGAAGGAAGUCUCUCCAUCAAUUUGGCUUAUGCCUCCUGAGAAUCUACACACAACAGUGUUAGAAGUAGCCCAUUCUUUGACUGAAAAGGAGAUCGACGAUCUCGUCCAAAUUCUACAGUCUUCCAAGGAUGUGACUGCCGCGCAAAUUGCCGAGUACCCUGCGGCGCACAAGUCACGUCUACUAAAGCCGAUGGUUAGCUUUGAUGCCUCUGCAAUGGCUCUCAGUUUUGUUCCAGCUGCAGGCGAAUUGUUAGAUGGGAAACCGGACAACCAUGAUGAUAGCUACUCAUAUCAUCACCUCCGCCGGGAUGUGUUUCAGAUGGUUCGAGAAGCCAAGGUUCCUGUGGCUUCGCGGUAUAUCGUCCCUUCGGCACAUGUUACCAUUGCACGGUUUAUCAAUAACCGGGAUUUCCUUGCAAAGACAGCAGGGGGAGCAGAGAUUGACCUUGCACGCGUGAAGCUCCUUGUAGAGAAAAUCGGGGAUCUCCCAGCCAUUACUGUUGAGGUUGGGUGGUCCGAGUCAAUGGCGAACCUGCUGAAUGAUCUAAAUGUCCUUCUGGUAGGCGGAAAUGGCGCCAUUAAGGUCACUAUCGUUAUCAAGUGGAAAAGAGAACGUAUUGCAUCAAUGGGAGAAAGGCCGAGUGUGAUUGACGUUAUUGGCCUCUCCCAACAUUGA